AAGUUACAAAGAUACGGUGGGAAGAAUCCAUCUUUGCAUUGAUGGCAUAGGCCAGACAAAAAUGGCACCAGGGAUGGAUCUGGAAUCAAGACAUCAUUUAUACCCACAGAAAGCCUGACUGCCUCCAGCAGCGGGUUUCCACAUGAACUGGCGGCACUGCGGAGAUCAAAAAAGCAGGAACACAAACAGGUCAGUAGCACAAUUGUAUUUAAUAAUGUUUUGAACGGUGGUUUGUGUACAGAAGCUACAGAUGAAGUUGUUCUUGUCCUUGGUGCUCCUCAGGGAGGUCUGCGGCCGCUGCCUGCGGACCCGGGGGCAGGUGGUGAAUGUGAACGGGGGCAGGUGAGAAUUGUGUGGACAUGUGGAAGAUUUUGCCCUGAAGCUUCAAAUAGUGGUAGAAAAUCUCACAGCCACGACAUCAGCUUUGCUGGGAUGGAGAAAGGGAGACUGUACAUAUUUCUCUCUCUUUUUUCCCGCUUUGUUUUUUUCCAUUAAUGAGGAAUGUUGUUGUGGUGAGGCAGGGUCUGCGUGCUGUGGCAGUGAUCCUUCCCUCUGAGUGUCAGGAGUAGGGAUUGAGGAUUCGUCAUAGGGAGGCUGAAUUUGAAUAGGGAAGAGUGUUCCCCGAGGAAAGGAGAUGCUGUGUAGCACGUGGGCUGUGUCAUUGGUAACAAACUGCAGAAUGUCAGCCUAGCUGGAGCUCUCUGCCCCUGCAUAGAGGUCCUUGCUGUAUCCUGGCAGAUCUUGUCUGCCGGAAAGGAGAAGCAGGACCUUGCCAUUCGCCGUGCAGGUGGAAAAAGAGGCUGCAAGAACAGCUCUUCAUCGAGCUGUAUAAAUAGCGUACAGGAACUGUGGUGGACCCGUGCCUUUUCAGCGUUCUUGGGGGAUUGGUGUUCUGGGCUGUGAUGAGUUUGAAUCUCCAAAGGAAAGAUUCAAACAACCCCAUGGGUUGCUUGGUGUAAUCGAAGCCUUUUGCACAGAUGUCGACGUGUCUGGGGCUUGGGCUACCCUGUCACAGUGAGGUGGAUUCUCUUCAUUGAGAUAGGUUCAGGAGCGUGUCCAUCUCCCACAUGGGGAGGGAAGCGAUGGAGAAGGGAUAGUCUCUGUCUUACAUAAAUUGCAGAAAAGCAGGAAGUUUCUUCCUCAUCUGGAGAGAUGAAAGUCGGCAGGGAAGAGAAAGGGGAGCUCUUGCUAAAAGACAUGUCCGCACUCCAUGUUGAGAGUGAUGUACUCAUACGAAAAAUUAGUUGGUGAAAGAGACAAAGGAGAGGCAAAAAGAGAAGAAGAGAAGGAAUUGGGGAAACGGAAGACUAUGAGAAAGAAAAGAAAGAAGGAAGGAACAAUGCAGAAAUAAAAAAGAUGCAAAGAAGGAUGGAGAAAGAAAGGGAAAGAGAGAGAGAACAGAAGAAACCAUAAACUAUUGUAGUGACAUGUCAUGGACGGUAUCACUGCACACAGAAAGAAAGGAAGGUGAGAAAGGAAGAGAUAAAAGACGCACAAAUAUUAAAAAGAAAAGAAAACAGGAUGAAACCAUAAAUUACAUUACAAGAGUGCACGAAAUAUAUAGCAGAAGAAUACAGGAAUAAAGGAGAAAGCUGAGAAGGAAUAUAUAUCCGUAAAAUAGCAAAGGAGAAAGGACGGAGCGAGGCAGACGAGAUGACCAACAUGCACCGAAAUUACCUCUAAAUGUGGAACGGAAUUGGUCCUCAAAAACGUCCGCCUUGCUGGGAGCACCUCAUUCGGCGCUGAUACCCGUAAUUAGUGCUGAUCUCUCCUGUUUAAUGAUCUCUAUCGCGGCGCCAGGGGCAACGAACGAUCUACCAGCGGGGGUAAGGAGAGAGAAGGAUCGAAAGAGAAGAGAAAGGGCAAUAAAGAAUAGGGCAUGACAAGGCAAGGACGAAAACUAAAAGAGAAGAAAGAAAAACGGCAAGGAAAUGAGAAAGAAAAAAACCAGAACAGACAACUGAGAAACUAGAGAAGGCUAAGGAAGAAAGAGAAAGCGAGCAAGAAAGAAGAUGGAAAGACAAAAGAGUCAAAGAAGAGAAAAAAAUUCGACCACCGUAGGAAGAAACGGUAAAAGAUCCAGACACGACGGGGCGGUGGCGCUGGCGCUGUGCGGAGUGUGUGGGGCGGCGGAGCAGCGCACGGUGUCGCUGCAGGCUCAGGAACGGCGUGCGGGCGGCUCCUCCCCGGUGCGGCGGAGAGCCCGGCUGUGAGCGCGGGGGGGCGGCGCGGGCCGGGCAGCAGAGCCGCUGCGUGCGGGCGGCGGCGGGAGCCGUGCGGGGCCCGUGCCGGGGCCGGCACCAACAGCGGCCACAGCGGCGGCGGCGGCAGCGAUGGGCUCGCGUUGGUGUGCGGCGCUGCUGCGGGUGCUGGUGCUGCAGGCGGCCUGGGCGCUGGCGGGCGGGCAGGUGCGGUACUCGGUGGCGGAGGAAGCCAAGGCCGGCACGGUGGUGGGCCGUCUUUCGCAGGACCUGGGGCUGGAGGCGGGCGAGGCGGAGGCGCGGCGGCUGCGGCUGGUGGCGCAGGGCCGGCGGGCGAGCGUGGAGCUGAGCGGGGCGAGCGGCGCGCUGCUGGUGAGCUCGCGGCUCGACCGGGAGGAGCUGUGCGGCAAGAGCGCGCCGUGCGCGCUGCGCCUGGAGGUGCUGCUGGAGCGGCCGCUGCGCGUCUUCCAUGUGGAGCUGGAGGUCACCGACAUCAACGACAAUGCCCCCAUCUUCCCCGCCGCUCGCAAAAACCUCAGCAUCGCGGAAUUGUCUGUGCCGGGGUCUCGCUUCCCGCUGGAGGGCGCGUCGGAUGCGGAUAUCGGAGCGAACGCGCAGCUCUCCUACACACUCAGCUCCAGCGAGCAUUUUUCUCUGGAUUUACAAAAAUCGAAUGAGCAAAAUCUUAUACCCGAACUUGUUUUAACGAAAUCUCUGGACCGCGAGACGGUUCCCGUUCACCGAUUGGUGCUGACGGCGAGUGACGGGGGCCGGCCGUCUCUGACGGGCACCAUGGAACUGGAGAUCUCGGUGCUGGAUGUGAACGACAACGCGCCCCAGUUCAACCAGUCCGUGUAUAAAGUGCAGCUGCCAGAGAACGCUACAGAGGGGACGCUGGUGACGAGGGUGAAUGCCACGGAUGCGGACGAGGGAAUUAACAGUGAGGUGACCUAUGCCGUGACGAACUUCAUCCCUCCCAGUGGAAAAGAUGUGAUUUCUGUCAAUCCCAAGACAGGGGAGAUUCACCUCACUGGAGCCCUGGACUUCGAGGAAGUUAAAAUAUUUGAUUUCCGAAUUCAAGCGAGAGACCAAGGUUGGGCCCCGCUGUCGGGUCAUUGCAGGGUGGUGCUGGAGGUGCUGGACGUGAACGACAACGCGCCCGAGGUGCGGGUGACGUCGCUGUCGGUGCCGGUGGCGGAGGACGCGGCGGUGGGGACGGUGGUGGCGGUGCUGAGCGUGUCGGACCGGGACUCGGGGGCGAACGGGCGCGUGCGGUGCUGGGUGUGGCCGGCGUCGCCGUUCGGUGUGGAGGCGACGUUCUCGGGCUCGUACUCGCUGGUGCUGCGCGAGGCGCUGGACCGGGAGCGGGUGUCGGAGUACGAGGUGGAGGUGCGUGCGGAGGACGGCGGGGCGCCGGCGCUGCGCGCCAGCCGCGGGCUGCGGGUGCCCGUGUCGGACGUGAACGACAACGCGCCGGCGUUCGCGCAGGCCGUGUACACGGUGCUGGCGCGGGAGAACAACGCGGCGGGCGCCGAGCUGGCGCGGCUGUGGGCGCGGGACCCGGACGAGGCGGGCAACGGGCGCGUCAGCUACUCGCUGUGGGAGGGCGGCGCGGGCGCGCUGUCGUCGCCGUCGUCGUGGUCGGGGGCGGCGGGCGGCGGGUGGCGGCCGGCGUCGAGCUACGUGUCGGUGGACGCGGAGAGCGGGCGCGUGUGGGCGCUGCAGCCCUUGGACUACGAGGAGCUGCAGGUGCUGCAGUUCGAGGUGCGCGCGGUGGACGCGGGCGAGCCGCCGCUGAGCGGCAACGCCACGGUGCAGCUGUUCGUGCUGGACGAGAACGACAACGCGCCGGCGCUGCUGCCGCCGCCCGCGGGCUCGGCGGCCGAGGCGGGCGGCGCAGCGGCCGAGGCGGCGGCGGCGGGCUGGGGCUCGGGCACGCUGUGGGCGUGGGCGGCGUGGGGGGCGCCGGCGGGCCAGGUGGUGGCCAAGAUCCGCGCCGUGGACGCCGACUCGGGCUACAACGCGUGGCUGCGCUACGAGCUGCGGGAGGCGCGGCCCAAGGGCCCGUUCCGCGUGGGGCUCUACAGCGGCGAGGUGAGCACGGCGCGGCCGCUGGACGAGGCGGACGGCGCUCGCCACACGCUGCUCAUCGUGGUGCGCGACCACGGCGAGCCGGCGCGCUCGGCCACGGCCACGCUCAGCGUGUCGCUGCUGGAGGCGGCCGAGGCGGCGCUGGCCGCGGCCGCGGGAUCGUCGUCGUCGUCGUCGUCGUGGCGGGCGGCGCCGGGCGCCGAGACGGGGCCCAGCGGAGCGAGUGCGGCCACCAACGUGUGGCUGGUGGUGGCCAUCUGCGCCGUGUCGAGCCUGUUCCUGCUGGCCGUGGUGCUGUACGCGGCGGCGCGCUGGGCGCCGCGGGCGGCCGUGCUGUCGGCGCCCGGGCCCACCACGCUGGUGUGCGCCAGCGAAGUGGGCAGCUGGUCGUACUCGCAGCGCCACAGCCGCAGCCUGUGCGUGGCGGACGGCGCGGCCAAGAGCGACCUCAUGGUUUUCAGCCCCAACUUCCCUCCGCCGCCGCCCGGCGCCGCGCCCAAGGACCCGCAGCCGGAGCCCUCCGCUCUCCUCCACACGACAGCAAUCUCUGUCGAUUGUGAUCAGAGGUGCUCCGAGGUGUCAGCUCUGCAGACAACGGUUUCUGUUGCUGAUUUGUAG